AUGCCCGAAUCCACGUUCAUCCCAAGAGACGAAAAGCACUGGCGGCUUUUAGCAAAGGCCCACGGAGCAAUAAAUGAGACAGUCAACACGAUCCAAGUGAUGCAGUCUGGUUCCUCGGUCACAGUCCAGCAAUUCCUUUCAUUCCACGUUCUUUGGCCUCCACGUACCAAGCUAAAUAACAUCGAUAAGCUCCAGGUACCGAUCAAAAAGGUCGACCUUGAGAACAUGGCGAAGGCCUUCAAAACGAAUAAACCGUUCUCCCGCAACUUCGAAGCCUACCUGCAGUCAAUCAAAGACGAGAGUGAUACUUCGGGUAAAUUGGGAGUAUUUCAGGGUACCAGAAAGUGCCAAUUGGAAGCUGACCAAAGAAUCCCAAAAGGAGACGCAGGAGAAAUGUCGACUAGCGUCAGGAUGAGCCGAACGCCCGACCCAGAAUCCCAAGAGGGCCGCACACCCGCCGAAAGCAUCACAGCAACAUCUGAAUCCAAUGCGACACCAGCGGCUGAGCAGGAGUGGCUGCAGUCAUUCGUUCAGACCCCCGACGAGCAAUGUGUCAACAUGGCGCUGAUAUCAUUUCUCGACGCGGUAAGCCUGAAUCUCCCCGACUACAAGUGUAAGUGGGGUAUAGCACGUCUCGCAUUCAAGGUCGAUUUCCAUCGAGCCAGCAUGGAGGCCCGCACAGAUGGCUAUCUGUACGGCCCCACGGGAGGCGACGAAGCAUUCGCCAUCGUGGAAACCAAGGCCCAUCAACGGAAAAAGACCACAAAGACAGGCGGCCAAGUAUACAUGCAAGAGUCCGCUGAGAUGGUCGCUUGGAUACUCAAGGAUGAGAGCGAAGAACGCAAAGUGCCCCUUGACAACCAACGCCUUCUAGUCGCCCAAGAUCGAGAGGAGAUCUACCUUGUCUGGGCAUCAUACGAUGCAUCCUAUGUCGACUACCUCGAAGGAAAGCCUACCUCCGGCAAUGUUUUUAUGACAAUGAACGAGAUCGGCCCCUUCAAGACUCAAGAUGACGCUCACAUGAGACAACUUGCGGAAUACAUCGGAUGUUUCUGUAGUCAGAUCACCGCCCGUAUUGAAAGAAGCUCACAAACGUAA